CACACAGUAUGCACAUAUUAGGACUAUACUGGGUGAGCAGCACAGACUGAACUUCUUUCCAUAGUUUUGGAGACAAUUGAGGAUAUGGAGCCCAUGAUUGUUCUACUGGUUGUUGCAAGUUUUUCUGGCAUCUUGGGUCAGACAGAUAUGGCUUGCAAGUCGUUCAUUUUCUCCAAGAACUACAGUUUUCCUGUAGAACUCACAUAUGAAGGGGAUGGAAGCCAGCUUUUGACGUUCACCGCCUGUCUAAGGUCUUGCACAAAAAUGACUGAGAGCAUCAUGUUCAGUAUCCUGAGUGGACUCCGAUACGACUAUUUCUUUAGCAUUCUUGGUGGAGGUCCUGAUGCCAACACUGGUCUUAUUUGGGUGGAAGGACAAAGAGUGGAUGUUAAUUUUCCAACCGAUGACACAAGGUCAAGUAGAAGUAUCUGUCUGAGUUGGGAUUCUCCUAAUGGUGAGAUGGUGCUCUGGGUCAAUGGAAAGAUAACUGAGAAGAAACAAUUUAAGAAGGAAGGAAUAAAGUACAUUGAUCCUAGGAUAUUUAUUGGACCAGGACAAAUUUUCCUAGGUGGUAAACCAAUGUUAGAAGUGGGGGAGGUCACAGAUGUCCAUGUGUGGAACAGAGUGCUGAAUCCACAGGACAUUGAGGAUUAUUAUCAUAAUAAGAAAGGAAAAGUUGGUAACAUAAUUAAUUGGAGGGCUCUAAAAUAUGAUGGAGCUGAAGGGGAUUUCAUCAUUGGUCCAUUUCGGUGUAAAUCUUAG